AUCAAACAGUUAUCGAACAGCCGCCUUAUUAUACGUGAUCAAACUCUUGAGGAAAAGAAACUAAUGCUCCCUCAACUGCAGCGUUUGGGAUUGUUUGUAUGUCGUCGGAUCCCGAAAACACAGUGCUCCCCCAGUUUCCGUUCAAAAAGAAGAAUGAGCAGCACUCAGAAUGUUUGUGGCUUGGACACGGACAUCGUGUGGAUGGAUCUGGAGAUGAGCGGGUUAGACAUAGAAAAGGACAAAAUCCUAGAGGUGGCUUGCCUCAUCACGGACAAGGACUUGAACUUGAAGUCCGAGGGACCCUGCUUUGCCAUCAAACAUCCGCAGGAGGUGUACGACAACAUGAACGAGUGGUGCAUGAAGCACCACUACGAGUCUGGGCUGGUGGAUCGCUGCAGGAGCUCGGAUGUGUUGCCCGAACAGGCCUCCGAUCUGCUGCUGUCCUAUCUCGAGAGCAACAUCCCAAGGCGAGUCUGUCCCCUUGCCGGCAACUCUGUGUACAUGGAUCGACUGUUCAUCAGGAGAUUUAUGCCAUCCGUGGAUGAGUAUUUGCAUUACCGCAUCAUCGACGUGUCCACCAUCAAGGAGUUGGCCAGGCGGUGGCGUCCCGACGUGCUCAAAGCUGCUCCCAAGAAGACCUUCGCCCAUCGCAGCCUGGAUGACAUUCUCGAGAGCAUCAGCGAGCUCAGGUAUUACAAAGCAAACUUCAUUAAGUAAAUUGAGUCCAGAUCUUAUUACUUGUUGAAGGAUUGCAAUCUUUAGUCCGUUUUCUAUCAAUUUAUCUUAAAGACUCUAGGACAAACCACCAAAAUUCGUUAAAUUAGGUAAAUGAUCAAACUUAUUUUAAGCUUAAUUAGCAAAGAUAUCUAAAAUAAUUACUAAAAGUGCUAUAGUGACUGCUGACUACUUAAGAGUAAAGUGUAUACUAAGUAUCUUUGUGACCGCCGCCUUUAUUCUAUUCACUUUAAAAGACAAUGAGGUGAACAAGGCACACUCAUUGUUCUACGUUGACUUCGCUUACCAUUUUCAAUAAAAACUUCCUUACGCUUCACAGUACCACUAAA